AUGUCCACUCCACUUAUCUUACUGCCUGGCGACGAGGUGCCCAGCAACCACCUGCCGUCCACAAAAUCGAACCCUUUAAAGCUCGGUUCGGGUGUUCGUCUUCUGUCACAACCCUCCACCAAUUCUGCGGCCUCGAGUCACGUCCUCACAGCAUCACAAGCCGGCAUUCUGACGACAGAUGCCAAGCGAAACACCGUCUCUCUCCAAUCUUUCUCGAAUCGCCGAUAUAUUCCCACAACAAACGAUCUUAUCAUCGCGCAGAUCCAUCACUCCAGCAUUGAUUACUUCCAUUGUAUUGUGACACCACACACGGCACAAGCUUUGUUGGGUCAACUAUCAUUCGAGGGUGCUACAAAGAAGACCAGGCCAAUGUUGAACCGCGGUGACCUGGUGUACGCAAGAGUCUCCUCUGUGGGUCUGGGUGCAGGUGCUGAGGUUGAGAUCACUUGCGUCAAUCCUGCUACUGGUAAAGCCGAACCGGGUGGACUUGGGCCGCUUACGGGCGGGAUGGUCUUCGAUAUCUCCACUGGCUUUGCUGCUCGCUUAAUCCGGGCGAGCUCCUCCUCAGCUGACCACGGAGAUGCUAUCGACGGGCUCGUGGUCCUUUCUGAGCUUGGCAAGAAACUGGAGAGCUCGGGUGGCUUUGAGAUUGCUGUCGGUCGCAACGGGAAAGUCUGGGUCGAUUGCUCCGCUGCAGGGGACACCGCGAUCAAAUCCACGAUUGCAAUCGGUCGGUGUCUCCAGAGCACUGACGAUAACAAUCUAAACACGACGGACCAGAAGAAAUUGGUUACCAAAGUUCUUCGCGAGAUGAAACUCAGCUCGUGA